AUGAGCGGCGCUCCCGGCGGGCCCCGGCCGAGGACCCCGCCGAGCCGCGGAGCCGCGGCCGCCCCGUCGCCCCGGCCGCCCCCCGCCGACCCGCUGCGCCAGGCCAGCCGGCUGCCCAUCCGCGUCCUGAAGAUGCUCAGCGCCCACGGCGGCCACCUCCUGCACCCCGAGUACCUCCAGCCGCUCUCCUCCACGCCCGUCAGCCCCAUCGAGCUGGACGCCAAGAAGAGCCCGCUGGCGCUGCUGGCCCAGACCUGCUCGCAGAUCGGGAAGCCCGACCCGCCGCCCUCCUCCAAGCUGAACGCCGUGGCCGCCGCCGCGCCCGCCGCCGAGAAGGAGCCCACCGCCCGCCCCGCCGCGCUGAAGCCGCCGGGCAGCGGGGACGCGCCCGCCGAGGACAAGUCCAGCUUUAAGCCCUACUCGAAGGGCGGCGCGGAGCCGCGCAAGGACGGCGGCGGCGCGGACAAGGCCGGCUUUCGGGUGCCCAGCGCCGCGUGCCCGCCGUUCCCCCCGCACGGCGCCGCCUCGCCCGGCGGCUCCCGCGGGGCCUCGCCGCAGCACCCCGACCCCAAGGGCGCCGAGGAGAAGAAGGAGCCCGAAGGAGGCAAGCCCAGCCCCGAGGGGACGGGCGGGGGGCUGGGGCGCGGGGCGGUGGAGCCCGGGGCGCACGGCGAGCCCCCCUCGGGCCGCAAGUCGGAGCCCCCCGCCCUGCCGCCCGCCGGCCAUGUGGCCCCGGUGUCGCCCUACAAGCCGGGCCACUCCGUCUUCCCGCUGCCGCCCUCCAGCAUCGGCUACCACGGCUCCAUCGUCGGCGCCUACGCCGGCUACCCGUCCCAGUUCGUGCCCGGGCUGGACCCCACCAAGCCGGGGCUGGUGGGCAGCCAGCUGCCGGGGGCUCUGGGGCUGCCGGGCAAGCCGCCCAGCUCCAGCCCGCUCACCGGGGCCUCGCCGCCCUCCUUCAUGCAGGGAUUAUGCCGGGACCCGUAUUGCCUGAGCUACCACAGCGCCUCGCACCUGGGCUCCAGCAACUGCUCCAGCUGCGUGCACGACCCCGGCAGCCUGAAGAGCGGAUACCCCUUGGUGUACCCCACGCACCCCCUGCACUCGGUGCACACCACGCUCUCCUCCAGCGGCACCCCCAGCCUGCCCGGCCACCCCCUCUACACCUACGGCUUCAUGCUGCAGAACGACCCCCUGCCCCACAUAUGCAACUGGGUGUCUGCCAGCGGACCCUGCGACAAGAGGUUUGCCACCUCGGAGGAGCUGCUCACCCACCUACGGACCCACACGGCCCUGCCGGGGGCCGAGAAACUCUUGGCGGGUUACCCUACCUCCGGGCUGGGCUCCGCGGCCUCCUGCCACCUCCACCUCCCGCCUGCCACCCCCGGGAGCCCCAACACGUUGCCCGCCUCGCUCUCCUUGAGGAGCCCACACACUUUGGGACUAAACAGGUACCACCCCUACGGCAAGAGCCACUUGCCCACGGCCGGCGCCCUGCCCGUGCCCUCCUUGCCGGCCGCCGGACCUUACUACUCCCCGUACGCGCUCUACGGCCAAAGACUCACGUCAGCUUCCGCACUGGGAUAUCAGUAACCCCGCAGCUCCCGAGCCCCGGCCCCCCGCGCCCUCCUUGGACUCUGUAUUUAUUACUGUAUGUUAGCUUAAAGCUGGGAAUAUAAGUGCAUUAUACACCAAUGAAUCAAUGGUAUGCAAAAGUCUGUGUAAAAAAAAAAAAAAACAAAAAACAAAAAAAAAAAACCCACCCCGAAAAAAAAGAAAAGAAAGAAAGAAAAAAAAAACAACCCCUCUUUACUUUGCAGGUGUGGGGCUUUGAUUUUUUUUUUCCCCCCCCUUCUCGUUUCUUUUGAAUAUUUUUUUUUCCUUCCCCCUUCUUAAUUUCCCCCCUGAGAAAUUCUUGCAUGACUCCUGCCACACAUGGAAAAGAAAAAAAAAAAAAA